ACUCACUGGGAGUUAUCAGCAGUAGAGAGAGAGAGAGGGAGUGAUUGAGAGAGACAGAGAGAGGAAGAAAAUUCUCUUCCUUAGAGAACAAUCCAUGGGAAAACUUGUGGCAGUAGAAAAGCAAGCAGAAAAAAGGUUUGUUUGGGGGGGUUGUUUUAUUUUUUAUUUUGUUUUGUUUUGAGUAGACAAACUGGAAAUAGCAAGAGCACCCGCGCGGCAAUCCUGAAAUCGUUCAACCCUUUCUCAGCAGCCGACCUUCGAACGAGAAGGGAAAAGGACCGACGGACACCUCCGUUUGGAAUUCCCUAGCCAAGCAACCAUCCAGCACUGUAGCUCUCCUCAGCUAUCUCCCCACUUCAGCUUCAGAACUCUUUACUCUUUCCGCGCCUGGAUUCAGCGCUCAACAGUUGCGGGCAAGUCUAUCCCGAGAAGCCCCCAAGGGGCCAGUCUUGUAGCUUGACCAGUCACUUUGUGGUACUUGGUGGGCUGCUGCGCUGAGAAAGUCCGGGUUGGGAGGGGAGCCCCAGAGGCAGCGCAAGAAUUAAAUCGGACUUCCUCCAAUCCUAGUCGUUAGGUCAUGUCCCGAACUGGAUAAACACCACUGUCAACAUGAAGGAGGCUGUCUCUUGGGGGUCCAGCCUCCUGGGCCUGUUCCCGGACCUUCUGGAUCUGGGAAACGCAAGUGGCAACGCUUCACUAACGAUGAGGGACCUGCUUCGGAGUCUGGAGUUGGAGAGAUCAGACGGCAUAGCAGGGCAGUUCCCGAGCUCAGGAAUCCGCGGGAGCACUGGCACUGACGGCCCAGCUGGAACGGUGGUGAGGAUUCUCCUCAGUGUGGUGUAUUCAGUGGUGUGUGCCUUGGGGUUGGUGGGCAACCUCCUGGUCCUGUACCUGAUGAAAAGCAAGCAGGGCUGGCGUAAGUCCUCCAUAAACCUCUUUGUCACCAGCCUGGCCUUGACCGACUUCCAGUUCGUGCUCACCUUGCCCUUCUGGGCCGUAGAGAACGCCUUAGACUUCACCUGGCCCUUCGGCAAGGCCAUGUGCAAGAUUAUCGCUACUGUGACAGCCAUGAACAUGUACGCUAGUGUCUUCUUCCUCACGGCCAUGAGCGUAGCGCGCUACCACUCUGUGGCCUCUGCUCUCAAGAGCCGCCGGCCCCUAGGACUGGGUCGGGGCGGUGGCUGGAAGCGAGUCCUCCGGGUGGGCAGAGGCGGAGGCUGUUGCUUUUCAGCCAAGGCUCUUUGCGUGUUGAUCUGGGUGUUGGCAGUGCUGGCCUCUUUGCCCCAUGCCAUCUUCUCCACCACUGCCACGGUGAUGGAUGAGGAACUCUGCUUGGUACGUUUCCCUGACAAGCCGCGGGUCGGGGACUCUCAGUUCUGGCUAGGGUUGUACCACACACAGAAGGUGCUGCUGGGCUUCGUGCUUCCGCUAGGGGUGAUCAGCCUCUGCUACCUGCUACUGGUACGCUUCAUCUCUGAACGUCCCGUCCGGGGAGGUGGAGGCGCGGGCUUUGCGUCUGGUACUGCCAGCGCUUCUGGAGAAGGACCCAGCAGCGCGGCGGGAGCCAGUGCCAGGAGGCGUUCUAAGGUCACCAAGUCAGUAACUAUCGUCGUACUGUCGUUCUUCUUGUGUUGGCUGCCCAACCAGGCUCUGACUACCUGGGGUAUCCUCAUCAAGCUGAACGUGGUGCAUUUCAGCCACGAGUACUUCCUGAGCCAGGUGUACGUGUUCCCAGUGAGCGUGUGCCUGGCCCACUCUAACAGCUGCCUCAACCCCAUCCUCUACUGUCUCAUGCGCCGGGAGUUUCGCAAAGCACUUAAGAGCCUGCUCUGGCGCAUCGCCUCACCCUCGCUCACUAGCAUGCGCCCCUUCACUGCUACUACUAAGCCUGAGCCUGAGGAACAGGCUCUGCAGACCCUGGCUCCCCUGCAUGCUUCGGUGGAGCCCGACCUCAUCUACUGUCCCCCCGGAGUCGUCGUCUACAAUGGAGGUCGCUAUGACCUGCUACCCACUAGCUCAGGGGAGCAACGCUACUGAAGGAGGAGGAAAGUAAAGUGGGGAGUCCGAGGUGUGGAGUGGAGUAGGUGAUUUUGAGGGGGGGAAGAGAAUGU